GGGGCGUGGUCAUCGUGCUGCACCUGCGCGCGCGCGCCAGGUAAAUGAGUGACUCGCUGGGUUUCACCGCUUGCUUCCAAACAAAAGCGGUCCGGAAGUGAUAAGGAAAAACGGCACAGGCCUGAGAUGGACCGUUACAGGUAUUUCAUCUUCAAUCAGAAGAGUGUGGUGGUCCUCGGCAUCCUUCAGGUGGCGUGCGCGGGGCUUUGCGUGGUUUGCGGAUUUAUGGAUGCAGUCUUCCGGAAGAGCACUACUCUGAGUGAAACUAGAGCUCCACUCUGGGCUGGACUGAUCAUGGCUGCCCCUGGUGUACUUGCCCUCUUUGCAUCCCAGAAGAAAAACCCAAUUUUGGUAAACGUCAUGAUCGUAUCAUCUGUGAUGUCACUUUUUGCUGUUGUGAUUGUCUUCGUUUAUGCUUGCGUCACUCUCAGUUAUGGAGAAGAGGAUGAUGAGAUCUUCCAUGCCCAUCCUAUCCCUGAAGUGAGGUUCGUGCUCAGCCGGAUGGUGAAAGGAGCAAACAUUACCCUUCUGGUGGCCUGUGUGGGGUCUUUGCUCUUUACUUCUCUCAUUGCUUAUGUCGGCUGCCGCAGUCUGCCGCUUUGCGGCUGCUACGACUCCACAAAUGGCAUGGAGUUUCUAGUUCCUCAGAAUGACCCUGUUACUCCAACUGAACUUGUAUGCACUUGGCAAGACGGAGAUGAGCGAAUCUUUAACUCCCCCAUGUCAUUCAUGGAUCGCUGUUCUGAGCAGGAACAGCAAGACCUCUCCACGUUUCCACCGUAUAGCAGACUAGCUUAGUCAUUUAUUUCUGUUUUUUUUAAAUGUGUGUGUGUGCCUAGGGAAAAUGAAAUAUUGGUAAAUAUAGUUCAUUAAUUUUACCCAUAAAGUGACAAAUGUCCAGAUUUCAUCAAGCCUGCUUGUUUCAGAUCAACUUAAAUUUGUAUCUUGAUGUUUAAGUUAUCAGUGCUAUAUUUUAUAUUAUCUUUUAGUGUGUUUUUUUUUUUUUUUUCUAAAAGCAUGUGCCUUCACUUUAUACUUUUUACAUGAUAGACUAUUUUUGCAAACAUAAAUCUGUUUUACAAUAAACAAUAUAUUAAGUAUUUUAUUUGCCUCUUUAUGAAUUUCCAAACCAUUGCAUUUCAAU